AUGGGGGCGGAUCGGUUCCUGAGCGUGGCGGAGGGCGGCCUCGGCGGCGAGGUGCUCUACUGCGCGGUCAUCCUGUGGCUGUCCGUGAUGUCGUGGAUCAUCUUCACCUGGGUCGGCGACGGCGGGGAAGCAGACGGGAGGAGGGGCAGGAAGCGCCGGGGCGGCGGCCGCGGCAGCCCGGUGUUCGUCGGCGCGUCGGGGCUCUGCGACGGCACCGGGCCCGGCUGCAGCGGCGGCUACGGCAUCUGCGGCACCUGCCUCGACUAG